CAAGGAUCAGAAUAGUGAGUGUUCAUAUUUCUUGCAUUGUAAGUAACAGAGACAGAUAUGGCAGCUCCACUGAAAUUCAUCUUCCUUCUGGGGCUUGUGGUGGACACCAGCAUUUGGGGCCUGGAAAGGGUUGAUGCAGCAGGGCAAUGUGGGAAGACCUCUCCAGAAGAGGAGGCAAUGAAGCUGGUUCCUUGUGCAGAGGCUGCAGAGGAUGAGAAUGCUGCUGUGCACAGGCGCUGCAACAUUGCCAAUCGUCCGGUGGGGCACAAGUGUGGACGGAAAACCGUGGAUUCUUGCUGUGGAAAAUGCCAGUUCUCACUGGCCUACUGGUUGCUAUCUAUAGCUUAAGCUAGCUUUUCACUGAAUAAAAGCUAGCUGCUUUGUGUAUGUACCCAUCUUGAAUAAAAUCACUUGUUCUCCUAAAUAAUGGGUUUCUAGUUCUCUUAAAUAAUAUCUUUUUCAUGCGUUGGAAGUUAGUUAGUAAAGGUUUGAAACCUAA